CAAUCACAGUAUCAAUUAACUGAGAGUCAGACUUGGGAAAGGGAGAUACACGUGAUGCAUAUUAGAUGAAAGUUAAAAUUUAGGAAGCCGGAGUUGCCGCCAUCUUGCCACACACUUGUCACUAGAAGUGUAUAAGUCAACAUGAAUAUAUUUCGUUUAGCUGGUGAUUUAUCUCAUCUUUUAGCUAUUAUUAUCCUCCUUAAUAAGAUUUGGAAAACUAGAUCAUGUGCAGGUAUUUCAGGAAAGAGUCAAUUGCUGUUUGCUAUGGUUUACACAUCAAGAUAUUUAGAUUUAUUUACCAACUUCGUUUCUCUAUAUAAUUCAACAAUGAAAAUUGUUUUCCUAGUUACUUCAUAUGCUACUCUCUAUUUGAUGUAUGGAAAAUUUAAAGCCACAUAUGAUCACAAUCAUGAUACGUUCCGUAUAGAAUUCUUGGUCAUUCCAGUAAUUGUUUUGUCUUUACUUGUAAAUCAUGAAUUUGCUAUUUUGGAGGUCUUAUGGACCUUUUCUAUUUAUUUGGAAUCAGUAGCCAUUCUCCCUCAACUUUUCCUUGUUUCGAAAACUGGAGAAGCGGAAACCAUAACUUCUCAUUACUUGUUCUCUCUUGGUUGUUAUCGAGCUUUAUAUAUCUUCAACUGGAUUUACCGAUACUAUGCUGAAGGAUUUUAUGAUCUCAUUGCUAUUAUAGCUGGAAUUGUGCAAACAAUACUUUAUUGUGAUUUCUUUUAUUUAUAUAUAACUAAAGUUAUUAAAGGAAAAACAUUAAAAUUGCCAGCUUAAAAUGAUAUUUAGAAGGGGAUAAAAGGAUCAAUUGUUUGUAAGAUUUUACCAUCAACUAGAAAAAAAUGGUAUUUAGGACAAAUUUCAUCUUGAAUCAAAAAUAAACUUUUUUAUUUGUUCAAAUACAUACAUUUCAGCUCUAAAAAAUAUGUAGUUCUGUUUAACUAAUUGAAAAUGCACAGUGAUAACAGUUAACUAUGCAUGUGCAUUUAAAUACCAAGAAAUAUACUUGCAUUUAUUAUUGUUAUUUUUUUUAUUUUUUUGAACUUUAUUUUGUGAAUAUGUUUGCUUUCAUUCUAAUCUUAAUUUAAUAAAGAUUUUACAUUUUUUCAUCAUAAA